AUGGCAGCAACAGCAAGUAUGAAGAGAAGGUUUAAGAUAGUUAUUGUGUGUAGUUACUGUGGCAAGAAUGGGGACACAAAAGACAAAUGCUUUCGAACAGGGAUGGGGGAGGCAAAAUUGAGUACGAAGUUCAAAACCCUACACAAGUUCAACAAGUCGAGGGAAAGACAGUAA